GCGUUGGCCACCAAACCUUCCCUUCAUUUCCUAACUCAUCAACAACUCGUGCCCCCCCAUCUCUCUCUCUCUCUCUUACAUAUAUACACACACACACACAUAUAUAUAUGUAUAAAUUGUAAAACCUUCUACAAACAACACCAAGAAUAACAGAAUCUUCUCGGGUUUGGUCGGAAAUGGAGGGCAAGAAGGUGGAUCUCGAGUUCAGAAACUGCAGGUGCGACGAGGACGAAACAUCGUCCGACGGGGGGCAUGCACAGAACGAUGUUCCGAUCCACAGCCAAGUCAUGAAGAUCAAGAGGGAAUUCGAGAAGAUAAAGCACCCUCAGCCCGAGACGCGAAAGCUGAUCCGCGAGAUCACGGGCCAUCAGCGUUCUCGGUCUCCCCUCGGGCUAGGGGAGAGACCCAUCACGGUCGGGAACUGAUACCCGGGUUUUUUUUUUGGGUAAGGAGAGAAGCUAAGCUAUAAUGUAAUGAAGAGACAGACAGACAGGAUCUGUCUCUCUGCUUUCAGACAUGAUACCAGGGUUUAGUUUCAGGGCUUUUCUCUAUCUGCCAAUGUAUAUAUUCAUGGUUUUGGGUUUAAUACAUAUGAGUCUUCCCCUGUUUCAUAA